AUGGCGUCAGGUCGGAGCUUCAAGUUGAGUAGCGGGUACAGCAUGCCCGUCGUUGGCCUGGGUACAUGGCAAUCGAAGAAUGAUGAGGUCUGUCAAGCGGUGAAGACAGCUCUGGAAGCAGGCUACCGACACAUCGACGCGGCUGCUGUGUACGGCAACGAAAAGCAAGUUGGAGACGGCAUCAAGACGUCGGGAGUCCCGCGUAGUGAAAUAUUCUUAACCAGCAAGCUAUGGAACACCCACCACGAACCUGAACAUGUCGAGGAAGCAGUGAAUAAAUCACUCGCUGAUCUGCAAACUGAUUACCUUGAUCUAUACCUGAUUCACUGGCCGGUAGCGUUCCGACACUCCAAUGAAACCAUUCAGCCGGUGGAUGCCAAGACAGGCCUCAUCGACGUUAUUGAUGUACCUAUCAAGGACACGUGGGCAGCGAUGGAACGACUUGUGGAGCAAGGAAAGAUUCGGACAAUCGGGGUUAGCAACUUCACCCAGGCGAAGAUAGAGGAAUUGUUCAAGACUGCCAGAAUUCGGCCUGCUGUGAACCAAAUUGAAGCCCAUCCUUACCUUCAGCAACGAGAAUUGCUUCAGUGGUCUAAGGACAAUCAAAUCGUCAUUACAGGUUAUUCUCCUCUUGGAAACAAUAUUUACAAUAUUCCUCGUGCUGUUGACGAUGACUUGGUAAUUGAAGUUGCCCGUCAACUGGGUAAAACACCGGCGCAAGUGUUGAUCAGCUGGGCGGUUCAACGCGGGACGGUGGUUCUUCCCAAGUCCAUUACGCCCGAGAGAAUCCGGAGCAACUUCGAUGACUUCAUACUCCCCGAGGACGCUUUCGAAGCUAUACAGAGCCUGGAGAAGCACCAACGCAUGAACUUCCCCGCGAGACUAGGCGUUGAUAUCUUUGGCGAAGUGGGUGAGGCCAGCGCUCGUGAAAGUGCACUGGCCUGGGCUGCGGAGCAGAAGAAGCUUGCCAGCCCUUGA